CCCCCACAUAUGGCUUUAAAGGUACACAUGUAUGCACACGUGCAGACAUACAGACGUGCUCAAAUUUGUUGGUACUCUUACAGCUCAUUGAAAUAAUGCUUCAUUCCUCCUGAAAAGUGAUGAAAUUAAAAGCUAUUUUAUCAUGUAUACUUGCAUGCCUUUGGUAUGUCAUAGAAUAAAGCAAAGAAGCUGUGAAAAGAGAUGAAUUAUUGUUUAUUCUACAAAGAUAUUCUAAAAUGGUCUGGACACAUUUGUUGGUACCCCUUAGAAAAGAUAAUAAAUAAUUGGAUUAUAGUGAUGAUUUCAAACUAAUUAGUUUCUUUAAUUAGUAUCACACAUGUCUCCAAUCUUGUAAUCAGUCAUUCAGCCUAUUUAAAUGGAGAAAAGUAGUCACUGUGCUGUUUGGUAUCAUUGUGUGCACCACACUGAACAUGGACCAGAGAAAGCAAAGGAGAGAGUUGUCUGAGGAGAUCAGAAAGAAAAUAAUAGACAAGCAUGGUAAAGGUAAAGGCUACAAGACCAUCUCCAAGCAGCUUGAUGUUCCUGUGACAACAGUUGCAAAUAUUAUUAAGAGGUUUAAGGUCCAUGGAACUGUAGCCAACCUCCCUGGGCACGGCCGCAAGAGGAAAAUCGACCCCAGAUUGAACAGAAGGAUAGUGCGAAUGGUAGAAAAAGAACCAAGGAUAACUGCCAAAGAGAUACAAGCUGAACUCCAAGGUGAAGGUAUGUCAGUUUCUGAUCGCACCAUCCGUCGCAUUUUGAGCGAAAGUGAGCUCCAUGGAAGAAGACCCAGGAGGACUCCACUUUUGACAGAAAAACAUAAAAAAGCCAGACUGGAAUUUGCUAAAAUGCAUAUUGACAAGCCACAAUCCUUCUGGGAGAAUGUCCUUUGGACAGAUGAGUCAAAACUGGAGCUUUUUGGCAAGUCACAUCAGCUCUAUGUUCACAGAUGAAAAAAUGAAGCUUUCAAAGAAAAGAACACCAUACCUACAGUGAAACAUGGAGGAGGCUCGGUUAUGUUUUGGGGCUGCUUUGCUGCGCCUGGCACAGGGUGCCUUGAAUCUGUGCAGGGCACAAUGAAAUCUCAAGACUAUCAAGGCAUUCUGGAGCGAAAUGUACUGCCCAGUGUCAGAAAGCUCUGUCUCAGUCGCAGGUCAUGGGUCCUCCAACAGGAUAAUGACCCAAAACACACAGCUAAAAGCACCCAAGAAUGGAUAAGAACAAAACAUUGGACUAUUCUGAAGUGGCCUUCUAUGAGUCCUGAUCUGAAGCCUAUCGAACAUCUAUGGAAAGAGCUGAAACUUGCAGUCUGGAGAAGGCACCCAUCAAACCUGAGACAGCUGGAGCAGUUUGCUCAGGAAGAGUGGGCCAAACUACCUGUUAACAGGUGCAGAAGUCUCAUUGAGAGCUACAGAAAACGUUUGAUUGCAGUGAUUGCCUCUAAAGGUUGUACAACAAAAUAUUAGGUUAGUGGUCCCAUCAUUUUUGUCCAUGCCAUUUUUCAUUUGUUUUCUUAUUUACAAUAUUAUGUUGAAUAAAAAAUCAAAAGCAAAGUCUGAUUUCUAUUAAAUAUGGAAUAAACAAUGGUGGAUGCCAAUUACUUUUGUCAGUUUCAAGUUAUUUCAGAGAAAAUUGUGCAUUCUUCGUUUUUUAUGGAGGGGUACCAACAAAUUUGAGCACGUCUGUAUAUGAUGUCCAGUAAUGUUUUAUAGUAUCGGGACCACAUUUCACCGCAGUGUGACUCAGUAUGGCAGUCUGGUACUGUGGAUGUGAGAUGAUGGCGGAAAGCCCUCCAUGUCUGGAACAACCAGAAGAAGAAACUGAUCCUUCAAACCUGGCAGGACUUCCUUAUGUUGGGGCUUAUUGCUUAAUCCAUGUGUACUAUAAGCAACUUUUAAUGCAAACUCUGUCAUUAGCUAAACCAACAAAAGGUCUUCCCAUGUGAUCUAUCCAGGCCUGCUUGUGGAGUCACCAUGAAGGCUCUCGCUCUCGCUCUGCUCUGCUGUGCUGUGCUGCACUUGACAUGGGGCUCCUUCGGUGAGAUGAUACUCUGUUUAUUAAUUGAAUGUAUUUAUUUGAUUUCACUACUCGUGAAUUCAUACAGAGCAAGGGCACGAAGCCCUCAUUAAUACCCUCCAAUGAAAACUCAGCAACUGAAGCCCCUGUGCUCCCCAGCAUGCAGUUUACACUGCUGUGCUGAACAAGUGAACAAUCCCCAAACUCCCGAUUGAUGUUAUAAAUCACACAAUAAAAUAAAGCAUUGAAACAGCUGUAAGUCACGUUAUUACAAUUCAUUCAGGAGCUUAACAAAUACAAACAUUUAAAGUUUAAAAAUAUUCUUUCUGUCUUUCUUUUAGGAUGGAUGUUAAGAUCAUUAGACUCCUGGUCUAUCGCUAUGUGCUAAAGUUUAAUCAGUCUAAAACAUAUUUUUUUUAUAAAUGGCUAACAUCUCAUACGCUCAUAUUUCCAUUUUGACAACAUCUCCUUUUAUCAAUUCAUGUUUGAAGAGCUCGAUGUGUAGUUAUACAUAAACAAUAUUUGUUUUUCCACUCUGCACAAUAAUUAAAAGUCAUUUCCACUGGUUAUCACAAGUUAUAAAAAGUUAUCAAUGUGUGCAUGACUGUGAGCACUUUAAUUGCGAGCUAUCAGACGCAGCACUACCUAUAGACGACCUGCUCUACAGUGUUUAUAUUCACUAUAUUAACCGAUGACCCCGCACUUUUUAUCUCUAAGGUUAAAAACAUUAUGCGGGCACGUCAUUUUGAACAGUCAAAAAUAGGGUGCUGGUGUUUUAUUAAAUACAGUCGUCUGAUUAGAUUGGAGGGAUGUGAGGGCGUCCUGGAUGGUAUAAAAGUGGCUGCUUAGCCCCAGUUUCAGUGCAUCCAGGAAAGCAGAGGAAGUGGUUGGGAAAGAUGAUGAAGUGGCUGAUCGUUGCUUUGGCGUGUUUGACUCUGUCAGAGGGACUUAUCAGGUGAGAACACUUUCAUGCUUUUCAACACUGUUAUGCAUUGUGUGCAUUUUCCUCAUAUGCAUCACACCGUGCUGUAUGUUGCUUUGAUGCUUUUAUGUGAGAAAUUAAAAUGUGAGCUUCUUGCCUCCAGGGUCCCUCUGAAGAAGUUCAAGUCUGUCCGCCAGCAGAUGAAGGAUAGCGGGAAGCUGAAGGCAAUCCAUUACACUGAUCCUGGCCUCAAGUACCAGGGCCUGCACCCCAAUGUCUACGCCACCUACACCAACGAGCCUCUCAUGAACUACAAUGACAUGUCCUAUUAUGGGCCCAUCACCAUCGGGACCCCAGCACAGUCUUUUUAUGUCCUGUUUGACACCGGAUCCUCCAACCUCUGGGUUGCCUCUACGUACUGCAGCAGCCAGGCCUGCACAAACCACCCUGUGUUCGACCCCACUCAGUCCUCCACCUGGUCCAGUAAUGGGCAGUCCUUCUCCCUGCAGUACGGCACUGGGAGCCUCACUGGGGUCUUCGGCUACGACACUGUCACUAUCGGAGGCAUUGCCAUCAGCAACCAGGAGGUGGGUCUGAGCACCAAUGAGCCCGGCACCAACUUUGUGUACGCCCAGUUUGAUGGCAUCCUGGGCCUGGCCUACCCCAGCAUCGCUGCAGGAGGAGAGACCCCUGUCAUGGACACCAUGAUGCAGCAGAACUUGCUGCAGGCCAACAUUUUUGCCUUCUACCUGAGCCAAAAUGAGGCCCAAGGUAGCGAGGUGACAUUUGGAGGUGUAGAUCAGAGCCAAUACACUGGUGACAUCUACUGGACUGACGUCACUAGUGAGACGUACUGGCAGAUUGGAAUUAAUGGCUUCUCAAUCAACAACCAGGAGACUGGCUGGUGCAGCGGGGGCUGCCAGGCUAUUGUGGACACAGGCACUUCCCUCCUCACCUGCCCUCAGCAGUACCUGGGAUACCUGCAGCAGUACAUUGGAGCUCAGGCUAACGAGAAUGGGGAGUACAUUAUUGAUUGCAACAACCUGGCUAACAUGCCUACUAUUACCUUUAACAUCAAUGGAGUGAACUUCCCCCUGCCCCCAUCUGCCUACACCAUCGUUAACAACCAGAACGGACAACAGUACUGCACCAGCGGCAUCAUGGGUACCUACCUGCCUUCCCAGAACGGCCAGCCCCUGUGGAUUCUGGGAGAUGUGUUCCUGAGGCAGUAUUACUCCGUCUACGACAGGCAGAACAACAGCGUUGGAUUCGCCGCUGCUGCUUAAGCCCCUCCCAUUCACUCCAGCCUCCGUCCAAUCCCUUUAUAACACACCUUGAACCAACCAACCAGAAUGGCUGCAAUGCUAGCCUGGGUUUCACCCUCCACACGCUGUGAGAGAGGGUGUGUUAUACAAAUAAAAACAUACAUGGAGCUGAUUUAAAAUCAUGUAAAUCAUAAUUCUAAAAGCAAAUUGUUAAAUUGAUUAAAGCUUAUA